UCAGAGGCUGAAUACAAGCUGCCAGCUCUGGAUUACUUUCAUUUCCUCCUCCUUCCCUUCAACAAUGGCAGCUGCUGAACUGAGAAACGAGCUGAACUGCUCCAUCUGCCUGAGUGUGUAUGAAGACCCUGUAAUUCUGAGAUGUGGACACAACUUCUGUUCCACCUGUAUAGGAAAUGUAUUGUCCUCACAAGAAGGAUCUGGAGGUUAUUCCUGUCCGGAAUGCAGGAUGCAGUUUGAGGAGCGACCUGAGCUACAGAAAAAUAUUGUAUUAAGGAAUGUCGCAGAGCGUUUCCAGUCUACUCAUCCCGAGGAGGAACUUGGCGGAAUCUUGUGUACUUACUGCAUUAACUCUUCAACACCUGCGGUCAAGACCUGCGUCCUUUGUGAGGCUUCUCUGUGCGAGGGUCACAUCAAAGUGCACAAUAAAUCACCAGAACAUGUGCUGAUUGAGCCCACCACUUACUUGGAGAACAGAAAAUGUUCCCAACACAAGAAGAUCUUGGAGUUCUAUUGCUGUGAGGACUCUGUCUGUAUCUGUGUCUCCUGUAGAUUGGAUGGAACACACAAGGGGCACCAGGUUGAGUUGAUCGAAGAUGCUUUUGAGAAGAAGAGAGAAAAGUUGAGGAAUGUUCUUGGGGAUUUGUCCUCACAUAAAGCGGAGGUCAGAAGAAGGAUCCAGACUCUUCUGGGGCACAAGGACAAAGUGAAGAGGAAAGCAGCUACUUUUAACAAGAAAGUCACAAACUUGUUUGCGGACGUCCAUAAAAAGUUGGAGGCUCUUGAGAAGCGGAUCCUCGAUGAGAGUCACAGGCAAGAAGAGGAAGCUACAAACUCCGUAACUGACCUCAUCCAGCAUCUGGAAGCUGAAAUAGAUGAAUUCUCCAAUAAGAUAAUAAUGGCCGAGAAGCUCUACAACAUAACGGAUCCGCUAAAUGUUUUAGAAGACGAUAUGAAGGGUCAUAAAGACUUGAAGGGAACAAGAGAGGGAAACGAUGUGAAAGAUCUCCAUGAAGGACCAACUUUCACAUCAUUGCUGAAGGGUUUGUAUGAUAUUGUAAAUCAAGUGAGGUCGGAUACAUUGGAGACUUAUUCAGACAUCGUACUAGAAGCAGAUACAGCUGGGAAUAGUUUGAAUGUGUCUAAAGACUUAAAAACCGUGUCUUACACAGAAAUAAGCAAUAAUUACCCAACAAAUCCAAGAAGAUUUGAUCUUAAUCAGGUUUUAAGUAAAACUAGUUUUUCAUCAGGACGACAUUACUGGGAAGUGCAGACAAGUAAAGCAGGUAGCUGGAGGAUAGGGGUCGCCUAUACAAGUAUAGAUACCAAAGAUCGACGUACCAUUGGAAAUAAUAAGAAGUCUUGGAUUUUUCGAAGGCUGGAUGACAAGUAUUUUGUUUUGCAUGAUGACAAUGAAAUUGGUUUAAAGCAAACAUUUUCCAGCCUCAGUUUUGGGGUAUAUCUGGAUUAUGAGGAAGGCCGGCUCUCCUUUUAUGAACUGAGUGAUCCGGUCAGACACAUAUAUACCUUUCGUACCACUUUCACAGAACCCCUUCAUGCCGCAUUUCUAGUAAAUAGAAGUUCUGUGACAAUCAUGAACAUGCCACACUGACAACUAUCUAGGGCAGGGAUAAGCAAUUAGUGGACCUCCAGCUGUUGCAGAACUACAACCCCCAUGAGGCAUAGCAAG